AUGAAAAGACCAUUGCCGACGGAGUGGCACUCCACUGGUGUGAACGUAUUUUAUGUCGGCGUCGGAGAACCUGCCAAUAAAACGAAUAUGGACAACAUAGCAACAGAUCCGGAUCAUGAAAAGAUCAUACCAGAUUUGAAGAAGGAGGAGCCGGACCAGCUUCAAAAUAUAGUGAAAUGGAUGCUCGACCUAGUCAAUAAAGAUGCAGAGGACCAGUUGACAACGACUGAGAGCACCGGCACUGAAGGAGGAUCUACCAAGACGACAACAACAGCAUCAACAAAGAAAGAGGCCGGUCCGCUGACCCGUACCUCUCCAGAUAGUAGCGGCAAUUUUGAAACGACCUUUAAAGGACUUGAAGGUACCACAACAUCAGUUCCGCUGGGACCAAGCCCAGAAUCUAGCACACAAGGUACAUCCGAAUCCAUGAAGUCAGUCGUCUUUAUAGUGGAUGCCUCAUCUCCUGCUCUGAGAAGUGCAUGGAAAAAAGUACGUCAUUCUGAGAGAAUUUACAAUCAAUUAGCUCUGCAUAAAUUGGCUAGCUGA